AUGACUAUUAUUAAUAUGAAACAUUUGAACGGAAAUAAUCAACGUGCUUUUUCUUUACCACCAGAAAAUAAUAAUAAUAAUAAUAAUAAUAAUAAUAAUAAUAAAAUGACAUAUGAAAAUGUCAAUGGUAAAAUACCAAUGAAAAAUAUUUAUUCACAUAAUUAUUCAUUUGAUUUCAAUGAUCAUAAACAAGAACCAAUUGAUAGUGAGUUAAUGUUACAAGAGACAUUUAAUAAUUUCGAUAUGAUUACAAGACAAUUUAUGGGAUUAUCACCAAGUUCAACUAGUUUAAAUACAGAUGAAGAUAGUGGUUAUGUAAGAACAUCAUUAUUUGGUCAUGGCGGUAAAUUAACUGAUUCCAUUUGUUCAAUUUUCAAUUCUGGUCAUACUGUUUCAGAGGAUGAUUCAAAUGGUAUAAAUUGCACUAGUCAUAAAGAUGAAUUAUUAUUUGUUAUGAUAGAAGAUUUAGUUGAUUGGUUUAAAAAAAUGUAUCCUAAUUUAGUUGAGAUAGAUUUGAAUUCAGAGAAUUUUUUUGAUCGUCUAUCGGAUGGUAUACUACUAUGUUAUCAUGCUACUGAAUUACAUAAUCGUCUAGCUAUACAAUCAGGUAAUCCAGUGAAAAAUAAUAAACCAAUCAAGCUGAACGACGGUUUACGUAUUAGCGGUGUACAAGUUCUAUUGCCUACCACUAGUCCAAGUUAUCAAACACGUGGUUUAAAUUAUUCAUCCAAUGCUACAGUGAGUUUUAUAUCACGUGAUAAUGUGGCGAAUUUUAUUCAAUGGUGUCGACAACUCGGUAUGCCAAAUUCCACAUUAUUUGAAAGUGAAGAUUUAGUUUGUCGAAAAAAUCCACGUAAUGUUAUUGUAUGUCUGUUAGAAUUAGCACGUCUUGGUGGUCAUAUUGGUAUGUGUAUACCGGAAAUUGUACAGUUGGAAGUAGAAAUUGAUGAACAACUGGCUAGAGAGAAUUUAUUCUCAUCUGAAUGGAAUAAACUGGAAAAAAAGCCUACAGAUUCUUAUACAAUCCAAUCAAAUGAAGAUGUUUCGAUGGGUGAGAAACCUGAACAAAACUUACAAAAUCAUGAAUUAUCCAUCACAAAUGGGAAUAAUAGUUAUAAUAAUAGUAAUAAUAACAAUCAGUCAUCGAAUUAUCGAUCCAAUCGUUCCAUUGAAUUCCAUAGACAACAGCAACAACGCCAACAAGAACAACAACAGAAUCGAAAGUUGUCGAAUUAUAAAACUAAACCGAAUUCAUUCGAUUGUCAUGAGAAAUUUUUAAAAGAUGCGCAAAUUGACAAAAAGUUAAAACAACCACAACAACAACAAUCAGUGGAAGAAAUUCAACGUCCAAAAGUUGAUUUUCAAUCUUUAGAUGAAUUGGUACGUGAACUAUUAUCACAAUGUACUUGUAAGCAAACAUUCCCAAUGGUACGUAUUGGUGAAGGACGUUAUUUAUUUGGUGAUAAAAGUACACAAAUAUUUGUUCGAAUACUAAGGAAUCAUGUCAUGGUUCGAGUCGGUGGUGGUUGGGAUACUUUAAGUCAUUUUCUAUCAAAAUAUGAUGAAUGUCGUAAAACUAAUCCAGUAAAAUCAUGUCAAUUAAAUUCAACAAAUCAACAAGAAACCGCGAAUCCGAUUGAUCAUUUAAAUAAAAAUCAUUGCAUUCAAACAAAUACACCAGCACAAAUAGUCCACCAUGAACAAACACAUGAAAACAUUUUACAAUGUAAAUUAAAUUUUAUCAACAAUAACAAUAAGGAACGUACAUUAUCCAAUGAAAAACUCACACAAAAUCAUCAUCAUUGUGGUGCUGAGAAUAGUCGAGUAAAACAAAUGAAUAAUAAUGGAUUAACACAACAAUUCAAUAAUCAAUUUUCACAAGAUGGAAUCAAUAAAAAUUAUACUCAAUGUGAAAAACAUUGUACAUUGAAUAAGGAUUCAAAGAAUUUCAACGAACCGAAAUGUCCUACUAAAUCACAAUUUCGUUCUGAAUUAAAUUUAUCCACAAUAAAUGAUGAAGAUGAAGAUUUCAAUUAUUCUACACAAUUUCCACGAUAUAAACUCACUGACCAAUCAGUAGAAGAUGUGUCCACCACUACGUCAAUUACAGAUAAACAACAUUGGUCCAAUGAAAGUUUCAAUGAUACCACCAUCAAUAGUAGUAGUAGUAAUAUGCAUAGUCAUAGUAGUAUUGAUAGUAAUCUAAUCAAAAAACCACUAACUACUACUACUGCUAUACCACUUAAACAAAAAUCUACUACAAUUACUAUUGUUAGACCGAAUAUGGAAAAAUCUAAAGUUACUACACCAUCCUACGUGGUUGUCAAUAAUAGACCUUAUGUAUUAGAUACUAAGAUGUAUAGUAAUCAAAAUACACCAAUCAGAAAUCAUCAUUCUAUUCAACAAAAAUCAAAUCUUUCCAAAUCGUUGAACUCUUUAAAUAUAAACAGUAAAAAACCCAUAAUGAAUGGUCAAAUUAAAAAUUCAAAACCAAUAGAAUUAAUCACAGUGUUACCAAAUAAAUUUACGAAAAAUAAUUAUACUACUUAUAAUAAUAAUCAGCAGCAUCAUGAAAUACAUAUAAAAAAUCCGACGAAAAAUUCCACACCAACAAAAAAUUCAUUUAUGAAAACCGAUUAUCAUUAUAGAACGGAUGAAAAAUACACUGUACAACAACAACAACCCCAACAACAGAGUAGAACUAGUCAACAAAAUCAAAAACGUAGUAGAUCUGCUAACAUGUUCACUCCGAAAAAAAUAUCCACCACAUCUUCGUCAUCAUCAACGCCAACAACCUCCAUUCACAAACAUCAAUCACGUAAUAAACCAGUACAAAUUGUAUAUACAAUAGAUGAGAAUAAAACGCCAAGUCAAAAACAAACUGAACACUUCAUUACUGUUCAUAAUAAUAAUAAUCUAAAAUCCAAAUCGCAACAUCGUUCAUUAAUCCCAAUCCCCACAAGAUCUUAUUCUAGUUCACGUAUUCCAGUAAAACAAUAUUAAUUUGAAUGAUACAGGUGUGUGUAUGUUAGCUGUAGACAGUGCCUCAACGGAUUGAUUUUUAUUUCUUAUUUAGAUUAUCAUUCAUUCUCUUCCUAACUUCUUCAGUUUUGUGGGAUUACAAAUGAUAUCAUUCACAAAGAAUCAAGCUUUCUGUGGUUAUUUGAAAAAAAAACAAUCCUGAUAUUACAUAAAAGUCUUUCAAAAACAAUGAAUAAUGCCAUAUUCUCCGUCUCUUUUUUUAUAAAAACACAACAUUACUACUGAAUAUUUUUUAAGUAGUAUAUUUGUUAGUGAUUAAUUUUUAAUGAUGAGUAAUUUAAAUAACCGUUUUCUCACUAACUUAUCAUGAAGCAUAU